CGCCCCUCGCUGAUAACACUCUGCUGUCAAAUGAAUGUGUUCUUUAUUUUCUGUGCAUUUUCCUCUCGUUUUAGUGACUUGGGAUACAGUUGACAAGCUUGAACAGAUGGUAACUUGGUAAAUUAAACGUUUCCGACGUUGUCUUUACGCGAGAAGACGAACUAUUUCACGUGUUUAAAAAACGGAAAGCUUAUUCGGCACUACCCUGUUAGCUAGCUAGCGGUUAGCAUUACGUUUCCUCAGCCGGUCGCUGACCGCUAGCUUGCUAUAUGACUCCAGGUAGAAUCGGGUAAAAUGUCGUUUUUAAAGGUGUGAAAAAAAGUAAACAGCGCGUGGCCUGAGUCUGACACUUUUUAUUUAUUCACUAUUUAUUUAUUACUGCUUCCCAUGCCUUUUAGAAUAUUUCCUCUCACGCGGGACAGACAAAGCAGGUUUCUUGGCUGGUUCCAUGCUAACAAUUUAAAAGCACUAUCUCGAUUCACUUGCGAAUCAAAUGACUCUGGAAACAUGCUCAAGUGAUUCACUCGAACCAGAAUACGAAGCAGUCACGUGGUCUGAGUUCGGAACCAAAGCUUUGGACGGUACAGUUCGCGUUGUUAUGGCACAGCGGGUUCGUAGAGCUUCACUGUGAGAUGUUCCGUUCUUUCGAUACGAGCUUUGAAGCCUCGGUGUCGACUUUCACAUUGCUUUUGGAAACUGGGGGUUUUAUGAAAUGGCGGUUUGGAUGAGCGCGCGCCAACUGUUUAGCCGACUGGCACUAUGUUCACGAGCGCCUCGGGGCUCACGUGCGCCACUGGAUUCACGGGCACUACUGGGUUCACGAGCGCCCCGGCAAGACUUCGGGGCGUGCAUCAGUAACGUCCCAGCCAGUGCGCUCUUACUGAGGAGACCUCAACCAUGGAUUCAGUGCUGGAACCACAGAACAAUUUUAGCAGCACCAAGAAGAAGCUUCAUCAGUCUCGCGAACAAGAGGAAGCAGUACUCUGAGCGACGCAUCAUGGGAUACUCCAUGCAGGAGAUGUAUGACGUCGUAGCCAAUGUGGACGAUUACAAACACUUUGUUCCAUGGUGUAAAACGUCCCAGACGAUAAUGAAAAGAGCGGGCCACGCUAAAGCACAGCUGGAGGUGGGGUUUCCUCCGAUCAUGGAGAGGUACACUUCCAUGAUCACCAACGUUCGCCCGCACCUCGUCAAAGCUGUUUGUUCAGACGGAAAGCUGUUCAAUCACUUAGAGACAAUAUGGCGGUUCAGCCCAGGCAUUCCCGGGUAUCCCCGGACCUGCACUGUGGACUUCUCUAUCUCGUUCGAGUUUCGCUCGGUCCUGCACUCGCAACUGGCCACCGUGUUCUUCGAUGAGGUCGUGAAGCAGAUGGUGGCGGCGUUCGAGACUCGAGCCAGGAAACUCUACGGCCCUGAAACUCGCAUCCCCAAAGAGCACAUGUUCCAUGAAGUGCGUCAGACGUGAUAUGGCAGUGGAGACCAAGACUGUAACCCCGACAUCCCCUGGACCGUACCCAAGACCAGCCCUGGACCGUACCCAAGACCAGCCCUGGACCAUCCCCUCACCACACACACACAAAACAGAUGAUUUUAUUUUUAUACCACAGACUUUUUAAGUCUUGCAGUAGAUCCAGUCUGAGAGUAAAAACGUAGCUUCUCAGUUAUGAUUACUAACAAAAGUAGUUAUUUUUAUCAUUUAUAUCAAUUUAGGCUUUCAAAGCAGCGAUAUAUUACACACCUAGUAGUCCCACCCCCCCACCCGAGAACACGUGCUUUAAUGCUAAUGCCAUCUUGGAUUAUUUAUUGCAGAGUUAGGGCUACACUGUCGAAUGCUGUAAAUUACUGUAAAGUGCAAUAUGCUGGAAGGAUAAAGAACUUGUUCCAUGACAGCGAUACGGAGAACAUGACAUCAUAUCACGGCUCUCGUGGACAUCGUUUUCGCGAUGCACAGCACAUCCAUACCCCUGCAGUUGGUACAGUGCUCCGUGAUGGACACUGAUACAGACAUCUUAUCGCCCAGCCUGGUCUAGAGAUUUCAACAACUCUGACCGUUAUGAUAAUAAAAUCAGUACAGUAAAGUGCGUUGGCUUUGAUUUCACUUCUGAUCUUGUCCCUGAUAAGAUUAUAGUAUUUCUGUUGCCUCACAGCAAGAAUGUCCUGGGUUUGAAUCCCGGGUUCGAACAGGCUGUGUGGCGUUUUCAUGUUCUCCCUGUGGGUUUACUCUGGUUUCCUCCCACAGUCCAAAAACAUGUACAUUAGGUUGAUUGGUAAUUCUAAAUUGUCCAUAGGAGUGAGUGUGUGUGGUUGUCUGUCUAUAUGUUUGGCCCUGUGAUGGACUGGUGACC